CGCCAACACCAGCCGGCGCAUGCGCGGGUGGCCCCGGGGUGUCGGGCUGGCGCGGAGAGGCGGUCGGCUCCGGGAGCGAGGGGCUCGGUCUCCGGUCCCUGCGGAGGUCCCGUGGGUCUGGGGUAACAAGAAGGAAUGGAAAAGACUCCAACUCCCUUCUCAGAAUAGGGAGUCCAGCCAGCUUUUCGUGUGGCCUAGUGAACUGUGUGGGGUUCCUGUUACUUGGGGAUCAUGCAGAGAGCAUCACGUCUGAAGAGAGAGCUGGACCUAUUAGCUGCGGAGCCACCGCCGGGCAUCACAUGCUGGCAAGACGGGGACCAGAUGGGCAAUCUGCGUGCGCAAAUAUUAGGUGGGGCCAACACACCUUAUGAAAAAGGUGUGUUCAAGCUGGAAGUUAUCAUUCCUGAGAGGUACCCAUUUGAACCUCCUCAGAUCCGCUUCCUGACUCCUAUCUAUCAUCCAAACAUCGACUCUGCUGGAAGGAUUUGUCUGGAUAUUCUCAAAUUGCCGCCAAAAGGCGCCUGGAGACCAUCCCUCAGCAUUGCGACUGUCCUGACGUCCAUUCAGCUGCUCAUGUCGGAGCCCAACCCCGAUGACCCGCUCAUGGCUGACAUAUCCUCAGAAUUUAAGUACAAUAAGCCAGUCUUCCUCAGGAAUGCCAGGCAGUGGACAGAGAAGCAUGCAAGGCAGAAACAGAAGGCUGACGAGCAGGAGACGCCUGGUGACCUGCCAGACACCAGCGACUCAGAAGUGCACAGCAUGACCAAGAAAAGGAAGGCCGGGCAGCCGGGAAGCCCUGAGAAGAGAUUCCGCCCUGGUGCUGAGGGUCUGGCUGUGCGGCCGGGCCGUCUUAGCUGAUGCAUCUCUGCCAAGAUGGUCUAGUCGGCCUGCCUUUCUCACGUGUUUUCUUUGAUGACAUUAUCACUGUUGUACCCUAUGAAGCAGACCUUGUAUAUUUAUCCAUUCUGCUCCACAUCGAUUCUCGAAGCGUAGUUUGUUUUAAUUAGCUUGACAUACGUAUUUUGAAACCAUUUAAACCUGAAAAAUAAAUAAUCAUUUAAUGUUGA